AUGUUAUCGUUGGUGGUCCAGACAUUGCUGUUGUCCUUCGGGAUAGUGCUCUCCUACGAAAUCAACACGUACAAUCCAGACUACGGUGUCUAUAUCGGUGACCUCUCGAGCCCAGAAACCGACAUUGCCGGGCAAGUGUUCAUUGUGAACGCGACGACUCUGCAAAUCUUCAACCUCACUUUCACACCAACUCAGCAGGACCUCUAUUUCUGGUUGGACGACAAAGAGUCACCGACUAAGGAUGGAAUUAAGGCACACACUUAUGAGUACGGUAUCACACCGCUCGGACCUUUCUCAGAGGAGAAUGAUCGUGUUGUAGUGCAUGUUCCUGAGAAACAUAGAAUUGAUGAGUUCAAGUCGUUCUCCAUCUACUCCUUCAAAUCAGACAAAAACUUCGGAUCUUUGGUCUUACCUGAAAACGUGAAAAUUCCAAAAUCCGUGGCUCUUAACUCCGAAUUCACCGGAAAACGUUACAAGUUGAGAUCUGGACCUCUCUACGUGAUCGAUCGCAGAACCAUCAAGGUCUACGGAUUCACAUUCGAAGGAAACAAAGCUCCAAAAACCUAUUUCUACGUUGGCCGCGGUGCAUCAGUCUCCUACAGUUUGGGCGUUAAAGUUGCGAUUCGUGGAAAAGACGAGAAAGAGAUAAGUGAAAUCAGUGAAAACUACCGCGGAGGAAAGGAUAUCAUUCUCGAACUUCCCGAAAACUAUGACAUCUUCCACAUUGACUGGAUCUCAGUUUAUUGCUACAAGUACCGGGUCAAUUUUGGGUCAGUGCUGGUUCCGACCGACGACACAUUGGCUAACCUCCCACCUUACGUGCCGUCAUUCAAAAAAAAUUCCGAUGAGAAACCAAUGACACGCGGAGUUUUGAAAGGAUCCGCCGAAAGAAGAAACUUCACUUUCCAACUCGGGGACAUCGAACACAUCAAGAAUUACAACGGAAACCUACGCUCUCCAAAGUAUGUUUGGCACGUGAACAGCGUGAUGUCUCCGGACCUUUAUCUUGUCAGAAAUGUCACUUACAAUUUCAACGUCGAGGGAGGACGUGAAAAGAUUAUCCCAGAGUUCUACAACCCAUUGUACAUUGGAGAUGACGAUGAAGGAGGAUAUCUUGAACUCUCGCAGAAUGAGGUUGAAAAAGUGACUGUUUACUCUCCGGAACCAGUGGAAAGCCAAACCGGACCACUGUGCAUUUGGAUCCAAAACAAAGAUAAGGCCGCUAACGAACCGGAUGCAUAUUUGGACUGUGAUGGAUGGCCGGAAGAUGUCCACUCCUUUGCGUUCACUCCAAAUGAGACUACCCCAUCUGUUCUUUAUUACAACAGCGGAAACAACUUCAAUAUGGGAGGCCGAAUCUUCAUUGUUGACGAGCUUCCCGAGGACAUUGCUGACAGCGCCGAGGUGCCGUACAACCGCGAAAAGUGGCAUACGCUUGCGUUGAGCCGCCAGCGAGCCGAUAGGGUUAAUGGAGGAAAAGCCACACUUGCCGCAGCUUUCAUGAUCAUUCUUACAAUUGCCUUGGCUUAG